UUGAGCAAUGUGUUUGACAAGCUGAGGGUCGGGCGAUCACGGAGUGAAGCAGUGAAAAACAUUUCCCAAUAGCUCUGACUGAGCGUCGUACUGUGCUGAGAUCAGCCUGAGAUUGGAGCUGUCGGUGUAACAUUAGGAGAGAGUACUGAGCUGGGCUCACAGCAACAGCACAGACUGAGAAAGCUGCUGUUUGUCAUACUUAAAAGGUACGCAACGUUUAAAUGAUCAGCUUUGUUUGGUGAAGCAACAUUAUUCUAGAAGCUUUGGCCUGCAAGCAAAGACAGUCUGAAGUUCCCCCAUUGUCUGGGCUUAAACACUUUUGGCUCAAAACAGUUUCAGAUCCUCAGGAUGGGAGGAAAGGGCUGGACUUGAGUUUCGGAAUUAGAUUUCAACUAAUUGAAGAGAGAAUUGCAUCUCAUAAGAGAUGUUGAGGUAGGAGUAGCCGGUAUGAAUGUGUCUGAUUAACGUCACCACAGAUCACUGUUAGUUCGUGUGUGAUUAUUGCAGCCGCAGUCGCUGCUGUACGACUUGUUCUUCCCCCAGGUCCUGUCGCUAUGGACGACUCAGCUAUUUAUGAAGAGGUUAUUAGCGAUUUCAUGCACCCCGACAAGCAGCUGCAAAAGCAAAUGAACGUGAUUGAGGAGCUCCUGACCACCGAGAGGAGCUACGCCGGGCUGCUGCAGGUCUGCGGGACCGAUAUCCGUCAGCACUUAGAAUCCAAACAGCUGGGAUUAGACCUGGACGGGCUGUUCUUAAACACGGAGGAGGUGCAGCGUCUGGCCUCCGAGCUGGUCACACAGCUGGAAGCAGUUUCUGGGAAACCUGAUCAAAUCCUCCUGAUAAGUAAUGUUUUCCUCACCUACAAACCACAGCUGGAGGAGACUUACAAAGAAUACUGCGUCAACUAUCCCAACACCAUCUUGCUCGAAUCCAGUUAUAAGAAGGAUGAAAAGAUCAGGACAGAAAUCAGUGAGACUCUGAAGACAUUUGAACAUCUGAUAGGUACCUGUCAGACACGAGAAUUAAGCUUCUUUUUAGUCAAACCAGUGCAGAGGAUCGGAAAAUAUCCACUGCUGUUAAAAAGUCUGCUGGAAAGUACCCCAACAUCUGAUGAGGGUUACAUGGCACUGGAGAAAGCUACCAGGGCGAUGGAGGAAAUUAACCAUAACAUCAACGAGUAUAAAAGGCGGAAGGAAGUGGCAUCGAAAUAUGGCAAAAUGGAAACUCUUUCAAUCAGGGACAAGUUAAAUAGGAUAAACAAGCAUUCGAUCGCAAAGAAAGCUUCGCGACUGAGCAGGGUCAUUAAACACGAGACUGGUAUCCUGCCAAAGGUGGAAGACAAGGAUUACAAUGAUCUAGUGGAGACCUUCAACAUGUUGGAGAAAUGUGUUGCGGCCUUGAAAGAAAGCACUGCAAACUACAUCACUAAUCUAGAGCACUUUCACAGUCUCAGACCUUACCGUGGCCCGUUUGAGCUGGUGAAGGAGCACCACACCCUUUGUUAUCAGGAGUUUGUCAACUCGCUCCAUCAGCAGACAAUUCCUGGCUUUAAAGAAAGACUGCAAACAAUGGUUCACAAACCACUGUGCCUCCUUCAAACCCUCUUCGCCAGACCUCAGCAGCUGAUGCGGAAACAUUACGAUAAAAUGUUGGAUUAUGAAAAAAUUCAAGAGAAGUUGAGAGAGGAAAGUAGUGUCUCUUACGAGGAGAAAGCUGAGAGUCAGACUUAUCAAGCAAUCCAUUCUUUAUUACUCACUGAACUGCCGAGGUUUAACACAAUCGUCAUUCAGUUACUGACCCAGAUUCUUCAAGCAACCUUGGCGAUUCAUCGUGACAUGGCUUCCAGUACUCUGCAGUUAACGAACCAGCACCUGCACCAGUUCCCACUGAGCGACGCCGCUUUGAGGGGUUUCUGGCAACAGACGGAGGAAACACUACAGGCGUCGAACACCAAGCUCAGCAAGUUCAUCGAGACCUUCGAUUCCAAUAAAGAAUACUUGGCAGAAGAGCCUCUCAGCCCGCUCGCUGAACGCACACUGGAGAAGCUCAUCAAAAAAUACAGCCCCGAAAAAAUCUACCAACUUACAAGCAACGUCUCUGGGAGCAGAAACAUGGAGUUAUCUCUCCACAGAGGUGACUUUGUGGCUCUUCUGCAGGCCAGAGACACCAAACAGAACAAGAACAGGUGGUUGAUGGACACAGGAGGUCAGAGAGGAUAUGUUCCCGCUGGAAAACUGAGACCGUACCAAACGCCAACCCAGCCAAAUAGCUUCCUGUCAGCAACAUGUUCAGCUCCGGGCGAUGUUGAUCAAAGGAUCAGAAGCCGAUCAUGUUCUUUCCUCGAGCCCCCAGUCUUGCCUCUGAUCCCAGCCACACAGUAUCAGGUUUUCGCAGCCUAUGAGUUCAUAGCAAGAGGACCUAACGAAGUCACCCUACAGCAAGGACAGAUGGUCACUGUACUGGAAGCUCAUGACAAAAGAGGAACCAAUGACUGGUGGCUGGUGAAAGUGGAUGGACAUCAAGGAUACGCACCAUCAAACCACCUGGUGACUCGCCCUGUGACCGGGGCAGGGAAUCCUGUGGGCUAUAAUUUCCAUUCCCAACGUCCGAGUAUUUGAGAAACCCUUCAAACCACCCAUCCACCCACUCACCCACCCACCCGUACACGCAAACAUCGAUUAUAUAGAAUUUCCAGAGAAGAACUGUGAUUCAGUGCACAUUCAUUGUUUGAUUAUAUAGUGUUUCUCUCUCUCUAGCACUGAUGCUGCUUGUUAGAAAUUUAAACAUUUUGUGAAAAGUUACUUUUUCCCUUCCCGUUUUCUCUGCCACAGAAGGAGAAUGGCUCCUCCUUUGUCCGUGCCAACACUGGGAGCUUGCCCAUGCCUUGGCUAUUGGGGUGGGAGCCCUGACAGUGAUCAGGGCAGGUUGUGUGACUGGGAGAAGCAUCACAGGUCAAUCCUAUCAGCCAAACGCAGCACUUGUGCACUUUUUAGCAGGUGUCAGACAGCAAUCAGCAGUAAGCUUAUUUCACUCUUCCUGACCCAGAGACACUGAAACCAAUUCUAACAUUCACCUAAGAUCCGCAAUCUAUUGCACCAAUUAUUCCACCUUUUGUUCUGAAUGUACCUAGUAUUCAACUAAAACGUGGAGCUCAUACAAUAAUAAUAAUAAUCCUUGCAUUUGAAAUGAAGUGGAUUUGUAAACUGCUCUCCUUUCUGCUACAGAACAUGCUGUGAUCCAGCCCAGAGAUGGAGCCUUGCUCUUUCUCUCUCUCUUACUUACUUACUCACUUACUUACUUACUCACUUACGUACUGAAAUGUCCGAUUCCCUUGCACUGGUACCUCCAACCCCAAUGAAGGAAAUAUUGUAUUUUAUUAUUUUUAAUUAAUAAAUAAAUAAUUAUGAUAUAGGGACACAAAGUCUUACACUUUUAAACAUUGUGUUUACAGCAACUGAGAAUGUUCUCAGCAUGUCUUCAUAUAAAGUAUGCAUAUGUUUGUAACAAACCGCUUGAAUUAUUGUACUGUGAUAAAAGGCCAAACUAAUGCACCACUGUGAGAAAUGAAUGUAUUGUAUAAUAUAAUGAUCAUCAUGCCAACA